AAGGGGGCCGAAAACAAGCCCACCUAUACCCUCUCACUCCUGCAGAACUGAUUGCUUGCUCGCUCUCCCAUCUCUCACACCAGCUCACUCCCCUCCUCCCUGAUCUGCUCUCACUCCUCUCCCCAACCCCGCCUCUCAUCACCGGAGCCUACUACCCUCUCGCAUUCCCUCCCGGCCCCGUCCUCCCGAGUGUCCUAUCCAGGAACUCAGGUGGGAUCCUAGGAUCCGCGAGAGGAAUCUUGCCCGGACUACGGGGUAUGUGAUCGUGACCAACCGUGGGUUCAGUCAGAAAUGGCUUCAGCUGGGAGCAGCAGUGGCGGUGCAGGUGGCGGUGGCAGCACCAGGGCGGCGAAUGGCGCAGCUGCCAUCAGUGCUGCGGCGACGGCAGUAGGCUCGUCCGACGCCAGAUUCCACUCCCACCCACCACCGCAGGACAGGCAGAAUAGAUGGGCUGGCUGCUUUUCGGGCCUAUCAUGUUUCGGAUCGCAGAAGGGUGGGAAGAGAAUUGUUCCUGCAGCACGUACUCCUGAUGAGAAUGGAUCAACUGCUCGUGGAAAUGGUCAAUCUGGUGCCAGUUCGAACCAAAAUGUGCCUUUGAAUUUAUCUCUUCUGGCUCCACCAUCAUCACCAGCGUCCUUCUCGAACUCAGCACUUCCUUCGACCGCUCAAUCACCAAAUUGCUUUCUGUCAAUAUCUGCAAACUCUCCUGGUGGUCCAACGUCUAAUAUGUUUGCUGUUGGGCCAUAUGCUAAUGAACCUCAGCUUGUCUCGCCUCCUGUCUUCUCAACUUACACAACUGAGCCUUCCACAGCACCAUUGACCCCUCCACCUGAACUAGCUCAUGCAACUACUCCCUCAUCUCCAGAUGUUCCAUAUGCUCGUUUUCUUUCUUCUUCUAUGGAUAUCAAAACUGCCAGCAGGGAACAUCACAUGCGUUUCUUAUCAACAACAUAUUCUGGUGGUUCAGGACUCCAGGCAUCUUAUCCUCUUUACCCUGAGAGCCCUUGUAGCAGCCUCAUAUCACCUGCUUCAGCAACACCAAGGACUGGUUUUUCCUCUCCUAUACCUGAGCAAGAGGUUCCUACUGCCCAUUGGAAGACUUCUAGAUCUGCAUGCGACACACCGUAUUCCAGGGCUUCACCCAUUCCUGAGCAACAAUCCACUGCACAGUGGAAGACUAGAUCUGCUUGUGAUACACCGUAUUCCAGGGCCUCUCCGUCCAACAUUUUUGGCCUGGAUUCAUCUGCCCCUAGGAACUAUAUGUUGGAUGGCAACUUCUUCCGGCCAGCUGCAUCUGCUCAAUUCUACCUGGACCAGGCUCAGCAGACAUUUUCAUAUAAUAGUGGGAGGCUUAGUGUCUCACGGGACAAGCAAGAUGCCGAUGAAGUUGAAGCUUACAGAGCUUCGUUUGGGUUCAGUGCAGAUGAAAUCCUUCAAACUCAAUCUUAUGUGGAGAUACCAGAUGCACUUGAUGAGUCGUUCAGUAUAUCACCAUUCGGAAAUAGUGCUCCUGCUAAUGAUCAGCCUGGUGAGGUUCAGAAGGUGGAGAAAUCAUUCCUCAAUGUAAAAGAUGCCACAAGUCCAAAGAAAUCAGUAGACCAGCUUUCAAAUGACUCUCCGCAUAAAGUGCUGCACUUGGACAUAUUCAAAGGAACAAAAGGUGGUCAUCAGUCGGCGGAUGAGGGGAUUGCGAAAGAUGGUCAUCCUUUCAUAAAGGCAAGGGAUGAAAUAUCUCUAAAACCCAUAGAAGUAAGGAAGAAAUCUCCACCUGGCCAUUCCUGCUCAGAUGCUGAAAUCGAGUACAGAAGGGCAAGGAGCUUGAGGGAAGCCAACGUUGUCUUGUCACGGCGCAGCACAUUGGCAAGACAACUACAUUAAUGAUUCGCUAAUAUGCAGGAUGAUUCCAGAGUUCCUGUAGCCUAGUGUGCAUCAAUUCGAGAUGUUGUUAGAAGUACUCCAUAGGCUUUUCGUUCAAAUAAAAAAGAAUUUAUCUGUAGGCGACGAGUAGCCUUUAUAAUAUCUGGGGAUUCUACUGUCAGAUUGUGCUACGGGAUAUGUGAUGAACAGCCUGUACUCUGUUUAAGCUCCAAGAUCCUCUUUUGUAGACACUCUAAUCAUUAGCAGGAGCAAUGAAAUGAAUGGGCAUUGGCGUGUUACAAGAGGAGGGCACCCAGUAUGCUCCAUAACUGUCUGAUGCAAUAUAUUGUUUUGGUUUCCUGA